AGUGAGGAGGAAAUAAUCACAAUGUUACCUUCUCAUGAAUUAUUAAGUACCCUGUGCCUAUUUUAGUCCGAGUGGAAAUGCUGCAUUUUCAUCUGUGGGUCUGAGGCAGUGUGCAAGGGUGUUUUUUUUAUUUAUUUGACAGCUGUAUUACUGCUGAUAAGCGAGACUGUGCGAGCUGAUCAAGUAGUGAGACAAGCGUUCAGAGCAGUAGCAGCACAGCAGCAGCAGCGCUCUAGUCACUAGGAGCCGUGGCGGCAGAAGCAGCAGCAGCACUAUCAGUCACAGCAGAGGCAGCAACGGCAGCAGCAGCAGCAACAAACUCUCCCCUGUCUUUUUUCUCUUCUUUCUGGAGUUGUUUCCUGCUCAGAGGACAAAAGCCAAGGAAGUAGGAGGGAAGUGAUCCAGGGCUGAUAGCUGCCAUCAAAAACAAAAACCAAAACGCAGACCUGGCUGCCCCCAUGCCUAUCGAAUUUGUUUGCAAAAUCAAAUUUGCAGAGGAGGAUGAGAAGCAGAAAAGCAAGCAGGAUGGGGACAAGGAGAGCCUGAUCGAGGAGAGCUGCACACCUCCGGUUAAGGACUUGGCCGGGUUUGCUAACUCCUGCUCUCUUCAUGGGAUUAACCACAUCUUUGUCUCUGGUCGCCUGGGCAUCCGUCAGACUCUCUGGGCUCUCGCCUUUCUGACUUCACUGGCGCUGUUUAUAUACCAGGCGGCUAAGUGUGCCAUCUCAUACCUGGAGCAUCCUCAUGUCACGGCGCUGAAUGAGGAGGCGACCCCGGAGAUGGUUUUCCCCGCUGUGACCAUCUGCAACAUCAACCGCUUUCGCUUCUCCGCGCUCACCGACGCCGACAUCUACCACCUGGCUAACUUGACGGGUUUGCCCCCCAAAAACAAGGAUGGGCACAAACCUCAUGAUUUAAUGUAUCCUGCCCCCGACAUGCAGGACAUCUUCAACAGGACGGGACAUCAGUUAGAAGAGAUGCUCAUGAGCUGCAAUUUCAGUGGACAGAACUGUUCAGUCGAGGACUUCUCUGUGGUUUACACCAGAUAUGGGAAAUGCUACACUUUUAAUGGCAACAAGACGACAUCCAGGAAAAGCAAGCAGGGCGGAAUGGGAAAUGGGCUGGAGAUCAUGUUGGAUAUCCAGCAGGAUGAGUAUCUGCCCAUCUGGAGAGAGACAAAUGAGACGUCCCUGGAGGCCGGCAUCCGAGUUCAGAUCCACAGUCAGGACGAGCCUCCCUACAUCCACCAGCUGGGCUUCGGCGUCUCUCCGGGCUUCCAGACCUUUGUUUCAUGUCAGGAGCAGAGGCUGACCUACCUGCCCCAGCCCUGGGGGAACUGCCGCUCCACCAGCAAAGAGAAGUUCCCGGGAUACGACACAUACAGCAUCAGCGCCUGUCGCCUGCUCUGCGAGACCAACGAGGUCCUGCGAGUGUGCAGCUGCAGGAUGGUGCACAUGCCCGGAACUGCAGCUAUCUGCCCUCCCAGUAAAAUCAACUGUGUUGACAAAGCACUCGCACAGCUACAGAAGAACAGUGGGGAUACCUGUCCAUGCGAGACGCCCUGUAAUCUCACCCGCUACGGUAAAGAGCUCUCCAUGGUCAAAAUCCCCAGCAAGGGCUCUGCUCGCUAUCUCUCCAGGAAAUACGACAAGUCAGAGGACUACAUCAGAGACAACUUCCUGGUCUUAGAUAUCUUCUUUGAAGCUCUGAACUAUGAAACAAUUGAGCAAAAGAAAGCCUAUGAUGUUGCAGGUUUAUUGGGUGACAUUGGUGGACAGAUGGGUUUAUUCAUUGGAGCCAGCAUCCUGACAAUCUUAGAAAUACUGGAUUAUGUCUAUGAGGUGAUCAAGCACCGGCUACAACGUCUGCUGAGGCCGCAGAAAGAGGAGAAGAAGAGCAAGCAGCAGACCAGCACUGUUGCAACAGUGGGUCUGGAGGAAAUGAAAGCAAAGCAGGAGCCCAAUGAUAUGACACGGAGUCACCCAGAGGGGGCGUACGCCAACACGAUCCUACCCAACCACCACAACCCUCACCCGCACCCUCACCACCAUCACGCCGGGCGCCACGGGGUAUUCGAGGACUUCGCUUGCUAGAGCCAACCAUCGUUUCCAGUCCUGGUGACACCAAAAGAUAAAAGUCGUCUGUGUUCAGAUCAGUAACAGACCCUUGGCAUCUCCGUCGCUCCUUUGCUGUCACCAGUGAAAAGCUACAGCCAAAGUCAAACACCAAACUCGUGCUGCUAACAGAGCACUUGUACGUACAGUAUGUAGGCACAAAAUUGGACACCGCUUUUGUUUUUCUCUCUCUGGAUGGGACCCCUCUCAACUUUGAAAUCAGGCACUUUGUGUAUUCAGGACCAACUUUUGGUACGUGAUCACUACAAGGGGACACGAGGAGGACUGCAUGUCACCUUGAUCCAGUUUAUACUCCAAUGAUUUAUUUAUUUAUUCAGCUAGCAUCUCUGAUUUCUUUCUGUCUGUAUCCCUCCAUUUACCUCUCCUCCAACUAUAGAGAGACGAAGUCCCGCCCCUUCCGGUGGACCACCAUGCGACCUUAUUCGGAAAAAAUAUGAACGGUAGUCAACGGCGAGAGACAAAUAUUAUUUUGAUCCCGUUUGAAUUGCACCAUGAAUCACACAUAUGAUGU